GGGGACAGUGUGUUGAACAUCUGCGGGUGAAGAGUGCACUGCUAGUGUGUGUGACCGCGUGUGCGGCGACUUGAACGCGCGGACAGACCGACUCCUAGGAUUACCAUGAUUAAGGUGUCCGCCAUAGCGGCAUUGUGCCUGCUGUUGGCAAGACCCAUGUCCGCAGUGGUAAACGACAAACCAUCAGAUUCCCCAUCAGCAUCCUCGUCUGAGGCAGCUAAUAGGGGAGACCUCGUCUCAUCCGCAUCAGGACCAGCAGACUCGUUCGCCGGAGAUUCCUAUCUUCCACCUCCAGACUCAUCGGCGUUUGGACCAAAACCUGUCUAUGGACCACCACAGCCAUCAGGUGGCGGGAGUUCUUUCGGACCUUCAGGACCCUCGGACUCAUACCCAUCAGCUGCUCCAGAGAGUGCUUAUGGCCCACCUCCAUCCCCUCCAAAGCAUCAGUAUGGUCCACCACCGAAACCAAAGCCUCAAUAUGGACCACCAAAACCUAGUUAUGGCCCACCUAAACCAAGUUACGGCCCACCUAAACCAUCUUUCGACCCACCCCCAAGCUCUUAUGGGCCACCCCCAAAACCUUCUGGGUCAUAUGGACCGCCAACUGGGUCUGAUUCGUUUGGACCUCCACCACCACCCCCAAAGCCAUUUUAUGGACCCCCUAAGCCAGUAUAUGGACCACCAGCUAAGUCACCCAAACCGUCUUAUGGGCCUCCGCCAAAACCACCCAAGCCUCUUUAUGGACCACCUCCCAAGCCUGUUUACGGACCUCCUCCGGGACCUCCUCCAAGUACAUCAUAUGGGCCUCCUAGUUCCUCUUAUGGUCCACCCCCUGCUGGACCUCCGAGACCUAGCAGUGGUUAUGGUACACCAGUUAUUGUGAACCCCAAAGGGCCUCCUGGAGUGCCAGCUCCACCAACUCCUCCUGAUAUAAGAUAUGAUGGUUGGCAGCCCAUACCUGGACUUACAUCUCAUCCUCAUCAGUCUCACACACCAGGUGACACAUACGGACCUCCUGAUAAUGGUGCUCAUGGAGGCGGUGAUUCGUCCUAUGGUGGGCCACCCCCACCACCUCCCUCUGGUUCGUACGGUGCUCCUUCCGGAAUCGGAAAUGACCACAGUGGAAUUGGGGGAUCGUUCGAUGGAUCAACACAUGGAGAUGGUGGUGUUUUAAUCAGUAUUUCUGGUCAUACUGACACAGCAGAUAUUGGAGGAGGAGGUGGAGGAUGUUGUAGCUCAGCACCAAACUUUGGUGGAUCUAGUGGUAUAAACGGAUUUUCAGGAGACUUUGGAGGAAGUGGAGGAGUCCUAACUAAUAUAGAUAAUCUAGGUUCUAUAAGUGGUUCUUAUGGGGCACCACCACAGAAUCCUUCGACCACCUAUGGAGCUCCACAGCCAGCCCCUGCGAUUUCUGGAGGAGGGCAUGGAGGUGGAAUUCAUUUCGAAGGACAAAAUGGACCACCUUCCGAUUCUUAUGGACCACCACCUUCAGGGUCAUAUAAGCAACCUCCCUCAAACUCGUAUGGACCACCACCCUCAGACUCUUAUGGGCCACCACCCUCAGAAUCUUAUGGGCCACCACCCUCAGACUCUUAUGGGCCACCACCUUCAGGACCUUCACAUGGACCUAGUGGAUCAUACGAGGGCCCACCGCCCCCUCCCCCACCACCCUUACCACGACCAUCUUCCUCAUAUGGCCCUCCUAAACCGAGCACAUUAUAUGGACCUCCAAAACCAAGCUCUUCUUACGGACCACCCAAAAAACCGAGUGGAGCAUAUGGUCCACCAAAACCACCAAGUGAUUCAUAUGGUCUACCAAAAUCACCAAGUGAUUCAUAUGGUCCACCAAAACACUCGAGCGAUUCAUAUGGUCCACCAAAACCCCCGAGUGAUUCAUACGGUCCACCGAGUGACUCAUAUGGACCACCAAAACCACCAAGUAGCUCUUACGGUCCUCCUAAACCACCAAGUAGCUCUUACGGUCCUCCUAAACCACCAAGCGGGGCAUAUGGUCCUCCAAAACCUAUUAAUACAUAUGGUCCCCCAAAACCACCAAGUAGUGCCUAUGGACCACCCAAACCACCAAGCUCCGCUUAUGGUCCACCAAAGAAACCCUCUGGAUCUUACGGACCACCCAAAUCUCCUAGUUCAUCAUAUGGCCCACCUAAAUCCCCUAAGGUUCCCAGUAGCAGUUACGGUCCUCCUAGCAAUUCAUACGGCCCGCCGCCUUCAGGAGGUGGUCACGGUGGAGGUUAUGUAGGUCCACCACCACCACCCAGUUCAUCUUAUGGCAUCCCAAAAUCACCAAGUUCAUCUUAUGGCAUUCCUAAUUACGACAAUUUCGGCGGAUCCAGUGGUCCGUUUGCGGAGCCAGGAGGCUCCUUUGGAGGUGGAAUUUCAAGUGCUUACGGAGUUCCCGGCGAUACACCACCUGGAACCUUCGGGGUGCCCAUUAGUGGGUGUUGUGGCACUCCUCCACCAAACAUAGGCCAUCCACCCGAUCAACCCCCCAGUCAGUCGUAUGGAGUGCCUCAACAGGGUAAAGGUGUUGAUAUUCAUCUUUCUGGGCUAAAUUACGGAUUGCCUUCAGGAAAAACAGUAGAAGGGCCAAACCAUAUUCAGCCAAAAGAGCCAGUAAAGUUUGUUCAACCUGUUCCAGCAGGGCUAUUGGAGGCAAUUGCUCAAUCUGCAGAAUAUAAAAAUUCAGGAAAGGGGCGACCUUUCCAAGGGGGGACGUACAUACCUCCACCUCCCCCAGAAGUUGGAAAACCUGUAAAUGAGGUCAACAAUGAAAACUACAUAAAUGGCCAAGGUCAUUUCGGAGGUAGCGAUGUCAAGGGCGAUGACUUCCACAUCACCCAAUCACUUUCUGUUGAUCUUUCACCACCAUCUAAUGGAGGACAUCAGAAUUUCGAUAGUUAUGGGUCCCAAACAGUCGUAGACGGAAAUAUAGCCCAAUCUAUUGAUCAAAAUAACCAGCUCAUCCAAACAACACUAGUCCAACAAGGAUCUGACGGUCUUGGAAGUAGUGGACAUGGUGCAUUAAGUUAUCAAAAUAAUAAUUUACUCUCCCCGACAGGUCCAACCGGUGGAGAAGGGGUACCAGAGGUUAACCAGCUGAUACAGUCUCUCGGUUUGGAGGGUAAUUCAAUCACACAAUCACAGAUGAUUGAUCUUGGCCCCCAGUUUGCAAAUCACCCGGGUGGCCACUUUAUAACACAAUCAACAGCGAGCGGAAUUCAAAAUAUACCUAUACAGGGAAAUCAAGGAAGUUAUACCCUCCAGAUUCAACCGGCUGGUGGCGUAGGGAGUACAGGACAACAAUCUAUAGCCCAUGACCAAGUGCUCUCUAAUGGAUUGUUGCAAGAUAUUUUGGCAGCUAUUGAACAACAACAACCAAAUCAACAACAACAAACUUUCCAACAAGUUUAUACUCAAGGCAAUAUUGAUCCUUAUCAGCAUGCCGCUUCAAACGUUUACCAACAGUUUCAAAACGCACCGCAAAACGUUGCUGAUAGUGAAAUCCAGGGCUCUUCCAUCAGUGAACAAGUAUUGAAUACAACUAACAACGAAAACGUGACACAGUACAAUUCGAACUCGACUAUCACAUCCGAUAACGACUCGAAUCAGUCGGGUUACGACAAAACUUUAAGCGACCAAGAGAGGUUUACAGCGUAUCUUGCGAGAAAUGGCGUUGCCUUGUAUUACAAUAGCGAACACGGUAAAAGUCAUAAUAAGACAGAGCAAGAAGGCGGCCAAGCUGAAAGCCCCGAGACAAAUCUUCUCGACUCCAACCAACCUCAAGGGGAUGGCUCUUACGUUAUCUUCAAAUCUCCAAACGUGCAGUACAAAUUUGGUGCAGCCUCAGAUGACGUGUCACUGAACAAUCAUAAAUUUACUUCAAACUCAACGCAAUCUACGAGCGAGACCAAAGAUGUGACGUGAGUUAGUUAGCCAAUUGUAAAGACUUUCAUAGAAUGUUUGUUGAAACGCUACAACACUCUAGCUCGCAGCUUCGCCAUUCUAAUGUUAAUUUAAUAAUAAAGAUGGGCGUAUACUGGGCUGGGAAUAGCGAAGCUGCAGCCAGAGAAUGUAGGUAUGUGUGUUAGCCUCUGCGGGAUUCAAGAUCUCGGUUCCCGCUGUCCCUGACCCUCGCGCUAGUGAAAGUAUGUCCAUGAUCGUGAACAGCUUUCUGAGCGUUUAUACCACGACUCCAACUAAUCAUUCUGCAGCGGAUAUAAUUGUCCACUCACUUUGACUUAUUAGUGGCCCGACAGUUCAAACGCGCUCAUUUUCCGCCUAUCUUCUUUUGCAGUGAAUCUCGGGAACAUAGCUUAUAGUAGCCUACACGGUUUUAUUUAUUUCUGUUGCAUUUAUACAGUUGAGAAUAAUUGAAAUUGACGUUUAGAAAACAACUAAUGAUGUAUCUUUCAUACCGGUUUUCAUUUUAAGAAUAAUGAUCAAAUAUAUUUCUAGACGUUCGCAUAGCUUACACCUAAUAGCAAAGUUCUGAAAGUUAAAAAAAAAAUACAAUUUAAAAUAAAGUAACAGCAGUUUCCAUUAAACAAUUAACAAAUGGCUUGAAUAGAGUGAAAUAAACGUUAGAUAUAAGUAAAAAUAAUUAGUGAACAAAACCACUUUGUUAUGUGUCAUGACAUUUUGCGUGGAAGUAUAUUUAAAAUUUAAAUGUGCCAAUAAUUUAUUUUAGAAUUAUGUUGAAUACUCAUUUAUGUGUUUACCAUGUAUUACUUUCUUGCAAUGGUAAUUGUAAAUACUGUGUACUAAUGAAUUUGUAUAUAAAACAUGUAAAGAAUUGCAUAA